UUCCCCCGGGAGCUGCAGCGCCUGCUCAGGGACACCAAGGCUGCCCUGAAGGGGAUAAAUGAGGCAUCCCUCAACAUCCUCAAGGGCUUGGUGGCCAAGGUGGCUGAGGCUGAGCGGCUGUGGGAGGCCAACGCCCGCCUGGCCAAGGAUCACCUUCUGGGGGCAGUUGACGACAUCAUCAAGUUCUAUUUCACCGGUGGUUGCGCCAGCCCCAGUGCCUGUGGGGUGGCCGAGCGGUGCCAAAGAGCUAUCGAGGACAUCCCAAGGCUCCUUCAACCCCCAGACCAUCCCCAGAGUGUUCCCAAUGUAUCCCCAGUGACCAUGGAGCCCCAAGAGGUGUCCCCUCCACAGCUUCAGGUGCUGGUGGCCGUGGUGGCCACCCUGGGCGAGAUGCUGGCCACCAUGACUGGGCCACAAAGCGACAAGUCCCCAAACUCCUUAGAUGAGGACCUGAAGAACUUCACCCGGAGCCUUCGUGCAAUCCUGAACCAUGGCGGUGUCACCUCCCUGGGCCACCCUGGUGUCCCCUCCCUGGGCCAGGCCCUGGCCACCCUCGGGGCCACCCCUGGGACCACCUGGGCCAAUGUGAGAGCUGUGGCCAAGGCCUGGCAGGAGUUGGUGGCCAGGCUCGUGGAUAGCUGGGACUGGCUGGCCAGGGAGGCCACCAAGCUCCGUGACAACCACAGGAAGGUAAUUGCGAACCAGCAGCUGAUGGUGGCCCUGGACAAGGAGGAAGUGGCCAGGGAAAUGGCCACAUACGAUGCCCAGGUGGCGGCAGCCACCAGUGAGGGAAUGGGAGAGGCUGUGGCGGCCACCAGGAGGGGACGUUGGGCAGUGGUGGCCCUGGGGCUGCUGCAGCGCUUGGUGGCCACGUGUGACAGAGCCACCUUGUUCUACUGGAACAUGGAGUGGCGGCUCAGGGACAUCAAGGCCAUCCUGAAGGGGACAAACAAGGUGUCCCCUGAUGUCCUCCAGGCCUUGGUAGCCAAAGUGGCCAAGUUUGAGUGGCUGUGGGAGGCCAGCACCCGUCUGGCCAAGGAUCACCUGCUUGGGACACUUGGGGUCAUCAACAACAUCCUCUUGAGUCCCUAUGAUGGUUGUGGUGGCCCCGGUGGCCCUGGCAGCUGCACAGUGGCCAAGCAGUGCCAAAAAGCCAUCGAGGACAUCCCGAGGCUGCUGCAGGAAAGUUUCACAUGGGAGCACUGACAUCAUCAGGGACAUUGCUGCUGUCACCUGUGCCCUCCCUGUGCAGUAUUUGAGGCAGAUUUGGGGAAUUUUCUGGGAAUUUUCAAUGAUACUGUCCCAAAUCCUGAUGGGAAUUCCUGGGGUGAUGUCACUGGGGACACUCUGGGGACACUCAGGGACACUCUGGGACAGUCAGGGACAGGGGUGAAUGGGCCCCCUCAAGAGCUUCCAGCUUUCCACUUUGCCUGCAGCCCAGCUGGGUCAUAAAUGCCAAUUAAAUAAUUGCCUUUUGCACUUUUGUAUUGCCUUUUACGCAUUGUUAUUGAUCACCACCAAUUUGAUACCAUGUUUGAUACCGAUAUUGAUUAUUGAUGAUUCAUUGUAGCUGCUGGUUGGUGCAAUAUAAUCUCUUAGUUCAUGUGUGCACCAUACACCUAUGAAUGAAUGAAUGAAUGAAUGAAUGAAUGAAUGAAUGAAUGAAUGAAUGAAUGAAUGCCUUCUGUAUGAAUCACACCGGGCUGAUCUGAAGUCUGUGUCAGACACAUCACUUGACCAUUGUCACUGCCAUAUUUUCUGAAAAAAUUCUCUUUGCCCAGGAUUCUUCUCCUGGGAAGCCGAGAAGCCUCAGAGAAAAAAAUA